UUUAUCUGACGAGGGCUGCAGGAAACCAUCACAGCUUCAGUAUGACCGGCGACACUUUGCUCUGCUUCUUCCUGUCUCUGCAGAUCUCCAGCAUUCCUGCUGCAGUGAACCAGUUUACUGGAUCAGCAGGAGAAGAUUUCUCAGGACAUUGUGGCUCUUCUUUCUCUGGAAGCAGGAAGAUCUUCUGCAGGGAAAACUGUGAGGAAGGAAACGUUCUGAUAGAAACCACAAAGAAUUCAGCUGAAAACGGACGAUACGGCAUUGAAUAUGUCAAAGUUCAUGGACCAAACAUUUACAGCUUCUACGUGAAGAUCUCAGGCCUGACUGAGUCUGACUCGGGUCGGUACAGAUGUGGUUUGGGAGAAUCCUCAGUGUCCUACCAGGAUUUCACUCUCAGUGUUUCAGGAUAUCAGUCAACAUCCUCUGUUUCAACUCGUUCAGCCUCGACACCAACAGAUUCAUCGAAUCUCAACUACAGUACAGAAAGUUUCACACCUUCAUCUUCCUCGGUUUCUACCAAAGAGAACACAGCAACACCUGACUCAGGUUCUCCUUCCCAAUCCGCUGCAGAUGUUUGGCUGUUUGUGCUUCCAGCCCUGGCCGCCAUCGCCGCCCUGCUGUCUGCGAUGAUGAUGAUGGUGGUUUUCUGCAGACGAAGAUCAAAGAAACCUCAAACAGAUUCUCCUGUGGAAACCAAUCAAAGUCCUGCUGCCUGUGAGACGACCAGAAUCGAUGAUGAUGAUGUCAGAGAGGAAGACGGGCGGUGGAGAUCUGCUGACGUGGAAAUCUACUUGGCGUACAUCGACGCCAUCAGCAGCUCUGUGACUGCAGCCGCUGAUCAGCGCCAAGCUCCAGAUGAUGAAGAUGAUGAAGCUGAGGUGGAUUUCUCCAGCAGACUCUUGGACUCUGCGCUCAGAGCCGGUGGAGGCGUCAGCAGUGACGUCCUCUACUCUGAUAUCCGCCACGACGAGCUGCUCUACUCAAACAUUUUUUAAUCUGCUCCCAUUUAUUCUGAUGACGUUUUUAAUGUUAAACUGAGGCACAUCUGCAGGACAGUCUGGUUUUACACAGAAGCUGAAGUUCUGGACACAUUUCAACUGUAGAAAACAUCAAUUUAAAAGUCCAAACUAUCAGUUUUCAGUCAUUCCUUGGAGGAAAUCCUGAUUUAUUAAAUCUUACAUGUGGUUGUGACACCCAUCUACCCAGGAGUUUUGUUUGUUGUUUGUCUUUUUCUUUGGAUGGGCUCUACUGGAACGAAUUCGUUGUUCUUCUGUAGGAUGAUUCUGAUUCCAUCUACUUUAAUAUAUUUAAAAAGUCAAUUUGCCAAUAAAAGUGAUAAAGGUAUCUCCCAUUUACUUAUGAGAUCAGCUAAAUAUUAUUUAUUUCAUAAAGUAAAAACUAUUAAAAGCGUCUUAAAGCUGCUCCACA